AUGGAUCCUCAAAUUGAAGAACUGUUAGGCCUAGAAGCCGUCCGUACACGAGCCCAUGCUGUCCUCAAACUCGCUGAGCAGGGUCGUCUGAACCAUUUCAACUACCACCCCGAACGAAUGGAAGAGGCCACCGACUAUGUACUGAAACUGAUUCAGCGCGACUUCGGCCCUGACAAGUAUGAUACGAUCCCACCCCAUGGACGCUGGCAGCAUUUCGAAGUCGGCGGGGUUCCCCGCAUAGCCACGCUCCAGGCUCAAUGGGAUGCGGAGAAAUGCGACACCACCGAAAAGACUCGCCGGCUGAUAGAUCUUUUCUUCGUCUCCGUCCUUUUAGAUGCUGGCGCUGGAGAUUUCUGGAAAUUUCAGGAACCGGAAACUGGCCACAUUCUCAAUCGGAGUGAGGGCAUUGCUGUGUCUGCCCUACACAUGUUCCUGAACGGCGAUUUUGCUGGUCAGGAUUCCUCGGUGAAACACACUGCCAACGGUGAGGCAUUGCGCAAUAUCAAUGUAGAAAUUCUAUCCCGUGGCCUGCAGGUUAGUGACUCCAACCCCAUGGUCGGAGUACCUGCGCGUGCGGACAUUCUCCGUAAGCUUGGCGAGUCCUUGGUGAACAACAAAGAUAUCUUUGGCCCCUCUGGCCGUCCCGGUAAUCUCGUUGACUACCUCAUUGCCAAAUCCAAGGAUGGAAAGCUCGACUAUAAGGACCUUUGGAACGUCCUACAACGCCUUCUGAUUCCCAUCUGGCCGUCUGAUCGUACUCACGUGAAUGGACAGCCCAUCGGCGAUGCAUGGCCCCUGCGAGCACUUGAGCAGCAAGAGGGAGCUGCUUCCAAGCCCUACUCGAAUAUCCAACCCUUCCAUAAACUUACCCAGUGGCUAGCAUACUCGCUGAUGGUGCCUUUUACUCGCCUGCUCUCGGUCACAUGGUCCAACACCCACCUUGGCACCGGCCUGCCGGAAUAUCGUAACGGAGGCAUGCUGGUCGAUAUGGGAGUUCUGGAACUGAAGCCAGAGGCACUGGCGCGAGGCCUGAGCCUUUCGGGUGGUAGCUUGCCGUCCUUUGGUGCUGGUGAUGAUGAAAUCGUGGAAUGGCGAGCUAUGACUGUGGCCCUCCUCGAUGAACUGCAUGUUAAGAUUCUUGCUCGCUUAGAUGGCGUCCAGCUGUCUCUGCCCCAGGUGCUGGAGGCGGGUUCUUGGAAAGCUGGUCGUGAACUUGCAGCGGCUAAACGUCCCGAUACGAAGUGUAGCCCUAUCCUUAACUUCGGCGAUGGCACCUUAUUCUAG